CUCUAGAAAAUACGAGCUAUUUUUUCUUCCUUUCUCUCUCUAAAAAAAACGAAAAUUGUACGUGUCUAUCUCUUUCCCUCUCCUCUCACGGGACCAAUUGACGAUUAAUCCAAAAUCACCUCGUCGUCUUCCGCUCAAAUCGGAACGACGGUAACUUCAUGGUCCGGCGUAUUCUAGCGACCGCCGCUGCUGAUAGACAACUCCUCCUCCAAACCCGAAUCCUUAAGAAACCGAAACCCGGACGCGAAACGACUUCGUUUUUUGUUCUUUUUUUUUUCAAAAAAUAUUUUAUUCGCCGGCGAUUGACUAUCCGGCGAGUGGAUAGGUGCGCCCGAUUAUUAAAAUGCUCAUUGUCUCCUUUUGAAUGAACUUUGACCUAAAUUAACCAUACUCGAAUCACUUUCUCUUCUAUUUUUUUCUGUCACCUAAAAAGGUUAGCUCCCUGUCUAAAUCAUCCGCUUGCAUUGUUGAAUCCUAUUUCAGUGUGUAUUGUUGCGAAUUCUACGUUAGCGGUUUCAAGUAUAGGGUGCUCUUUGUGUUUUGGGAGUGCUAAAUUGGAGUUUAUAGAGCCGCAAUUGAUUAUUUCAUUGGCUGUUGCCUACUGGCUCGUAGAUCCGUCGUUUGCUUUUUCUUGAUUUGUUUUUAGUUUCUGGGUUGUGUGUUGAGGUGUUUUCGAUUGCUAGGAUCGGAUUUCCUCUAGUUUCAGGUUGUUUUCUGGUGUGAAUUUUGUUGACUCUCCGUUGAUUCUGACGUUUUGCUUAUUUCAUUUCUGGUUUCAUUUGAACUCUUUUAGCCACUCGUAUGUGGUUUGUUUUAGUCUUUAAUUAUUGGUUUUGAAGCUGAAACUGGGCAGAAAGUGGAGUUUCUGUGUGCAUCUUCGUUUGGGUUAUUUCGUCCUUUUCACUUCAAGUUAUGAUCAGAGUCUCCUUUACAUUAAUCUUAUUCAUCUAAUGCAUCUAGUUAAUUAAUGUGUCAUAGAAUCAAUGGAGCUGAUUUUAAAUGCCUCAAUGGUUGCCUUUACUCAAUGAAAGCAUACUACACGCUUCCCCCUUGUCCACUUUCCCCUUCUUCUGAGAAGUGAAAAAACCUUUUCUUUUCCCUGGUUUAUUUGAGAACUUUUGUGAAGUUCCAAUUGAGAACAAACUGUUUUUUUUUUCCCUCUAUUUUCUUACUUUGUUUUGGUUAUUAGUGGUUUUCUGGUACAUUUGUUGAUGCCUUAAAACUGAUGAUUUCUUCUGAUUAUUCUAUUUGCUUCAUAUAAUCAUAGGCCUUCUGGAGAGAUUGCAGGAGACUUGCAUGAAGAAGCUACCUGCUAAAUUGUGUACGCUACACAUAUAUCUGACUGCAAGAGGUUGGAAGUAAUUUUUUCUGAAAUUCCACGUUAGAGGAUAGCUCUUUUAAGGAACUAUCUGAACCAAACAGUUUGACAUAGGAACUUCUGAAUCAUAGGCCUUCUGGAGACAUUUUAGGAAACUGACAAGAAGAAGCUGCCAGCUACAUUGUAUCAAAAACACAUAUCUGGUGGUAAGAGGUUGGAAGUAUUUUUUGCAAAAUUCCAUGUUGUAGGAUGGCUUUUUUUAGGAACUAUACAAACCAAACAGUUUCACAUAGUGUACUGGAAGAAAAAGGCCAGGGACAGCAAAUUGGUAGAAUGGCGGGGAAUGAAGACAUAGAUGCUACUUCAAGUGAGAGAGAAUUCAAUAUCAAUAUGGAUGCACAAUAUGAGAGUGAAGGGGAAGAUGCUUGUGGGAUGCAGGGUGAUGCAGCUACUGACAAUGAAGGUGGGGUGAGUAAUUCACAUGUUCAGUCUUCAGGAAGGAGAAAUACAGCUGGCAAAUGGGGCUCAACAUUCUGGAAGGACUGCCGACCUAUGGUUGCUCAAGCGGCAUCUGAUUCUGGGCAUGAGGCAAAAUCAGACUAUAAAAAUGUAGAAGUGUCAGAGGAUGAUGUGUCAGAUGGAAUGGAUGAUAGAUUAGUGUCAGAAGAUGAUGGGCAAAAAGAAGUUGGUAGGGGGCAAAAGGGCCACUCAGAUGUGCCUGCAGAUGAAAUGUUGUCUGAUGAAUACUAUGAACAGGACGGGGAAGAUCAAAGUGAUUCUAUGCAUUACAGAGGAUUUAACCACUCAAAUGGGUUGAAUUCUAGGUCGCGUUCUGUUAGUAAUAACUUCUCUAGGAGUUCAAGAGAUUUAAACAAUAAUGAAGAAGACGAUGAUGGCGACUAUAACAAUGACCACGAUGCUGAUUACGAAGAAGAGGAUGAGGAAGAUGAGGAUGAUCCUGAGGAUGCAGACUUUGACCCUGAUUAUGGUGUUGCUAGUGGCCAUGCAGGGAACAAGGAUAAAGACUGGGAUGGUGAAGACUCAGAUGAAGAUGAUGAUGUUGAUAAUGACAUGGAUGUCUCAAAUGAAGAUGAUUCAUACUAUGUGAAAAAGCCCAAGGGUAGGCAACGAGGUAAAGGCUUAUGUCAUACGAAAUCUGCUAGGGAAAGCAAGUCAUUUCAUGCUUCAAGUCUACAAAAGAGAGGAAAAACAUCAUUUGAAGAGGAUGAGUAUUCAGCUGAGGACUCUGACAGUGAAAGUGAUGGAGAUAUUAAGAGUAUGGCAAGGAGAGGAGCGCACAUCCGUAAAUCUAAUGCUAGAUCCACUAUGUCGACAGUUCUCAGUGGAAGAAAUAAUGAGGUUCGCAUGUCUAGUAGGUCUGUUCGAAAGGUAUCAUAUGCUGAAAGUGAAGAAAGUGAAGAAAUUGAUGAAGGGAAGAAGAAAAAGCCCCAGAAGGAUGAAACCGAAGAGGAAGAUGGUGAUGCCAUUGAAAGAGUGCUGUGGCAUCAGCCAAAAGGCAUGGCUGAAGAAGCUCUAAUGAACAAUCAAUCUGCGGAGCCUGUUCUGUUAAGCCUCUUGUUUGAUUCUCAACCAGAUUGGAAUGAAUUGGAGUUUUUAAUCAAAUGGAAAGGCCAGUCACAUUUGCACUGCCAGUGGAAAUCUUUUGCCGAUUUACAAAAUCUGAGUGGUUUUAAGAAGGUAUUGAACUACACAAAAAAAGUGAAUGAAGAUGUGAAGUAUCGGAGAAUGCUUACACGUGAGGAGAUUGAGGUCAAUGAUGUGAGCAAGGAAAUGGAUUUGGAUCUUAUCAAGCAAAAUAGUCAGGUGGAGAGGAUUAUUUCUGACCGAAUCAGUAAAGAUAGCUCUGGUAAUAUUGUGCCAGAGUACUUGGUCAAGUGGCAAGGACUAUCUUAUGCUGAAGCAACCUGGGAGAAAGAUAUAGAUAUAGAAUUUGCUCAAGAUGCAAUUGAUGAAUACAAGGGACGUGAGGCUGCAAUGGCCAUGCAAGGGAAAAUGGUGGAUCUCCAGCGCAAGAAAAGCAAAGAAAGUUUAAGGAAGCUUGAUGAACAGCCAGAAUGGUUGAGGGGAGGAAAGCUUCGUGAUUAUCAGCUUGAGGGUUUGAAUUUUCUUGUUAAUAGUUGGAGAAAUGAUACAAAUGUCAUUUUAGCUGAUGAGAUGGGCCUUGGGAAAACAGUUCAGUCAGUUUCCGUGCUUGGUUUUUUACAGAAUGCACAGCAAAUACCAGGGCCAUUUCUUGUUGUUGUACCGUUAUCCACUCUGUCCAACUGGGCUAAAGAAUUUAGGAAGUGGCUUCCUGACAUGAAUGUUAUUGUAUAUGUUGGUACACGUGCCAGCAGAGAGGUUUGUCAGCAAUACGAAUUCUACAAUGACAAAAAGGUUGGGAGGCCCAUAAAAUUUAAUGCACUAUUGAGUACAUAUGAAGUUGUUCUGAAGGAUAAGGCAGUCCUGUCGAAGAUCAAAUGGAAUUAUCUCAUGGUUGACGAAGCACAUAGGUUAAAGAAUAGUGAGGCACAGUUGUAUACAACUCUAUCGGAAUUCAGCACCAAGAACAAGUUGUUAAUAACUGGAACUCCAUUACAGAACAGCGUGGAAGAGCUAUGGGCUCUGCUUCACUUCCUUGAUCCUGAUAAGUUUAGGAGCAAGGAUGAUUUUGUUCAGAAUUACAAGAACCUUAGCUCAUUCAAUGAAAAUGAGCUUGCCAAUCUGCAUUUGGAAUUGAGACCUCACAUUCUCAGGAGAGUUAUCAAGGAUGUAGAGAAAUCCUUGCCACCAAAGAUUGAGCGUAUUCUGAGGGUUGAGAUGUCCCCACUCCAGAAACAGUAUUAUAAAUGGAUUUUGGAACGCAACUUUCAUGACCUAAACAAAGGAGUUCGUGGGAAUCAGGUUUCACUUUUAAAUAUUGUAGUAGAAUUAAAGAAAUGCUGCAAUCAUCCCUUCCUAUUUGAAAGUGCAGAUCACGGUUAUGGUGGGGAUUCUGGCAUUAAUGAUAAUAGCAAAUUGGAGAGAAUUAUCUUGAGCAGUGGGAAGCUGGUUAUACUUGACAAGUUGCUUGUCAGGUUGCAUGAGACAAAACAUCGUGUUCUGAUUUUUUCGCAGAUGGUUAGAAUGUUAGAUAUACUGGCAGAAUAUAUGUCGAUUAGGGGUUUCCAAUUUCAACGGCUUGAUGGUAGUACAAAGGCCGAGUUGCGUCAGCAGGCUAUGGAUCACUUCAAUGCACCUGGCAGUGAUGAUUUCUGUUUCCUCCUUUCAACUCGGGCUGGUGGCCUAGGCAUCAAUCUUGCUACAGCUGACACAGUAAUAAUAUUUGAUUCAGACUGGAAUCCCCAAAAUGACUUGCAGGCAAUGAGUAGAGCUCAUAGGAUUGGGCAACAAGAAGUAGUUAACAUAUAUAGAUUUGUCACGAGCAAAAGUGUUGAGGAGGAUAUAUUGGAGCGAGCAAAGAAAAAGAUGGUUCUUGAUCAUUUGGUGAUCCAAAAAUUAAAUGCAGAGGGUAGAUUGGAAAAGAAAGAAGCAAAGAAAGGGAGUAACUUUGACAAAAAUGAGCUUUCUGCAAUUUUAAGGUUUGGUGCAGAGGAACUGUUUAAAGAAGAUAGGAAUGAAGAAGAAAGCAAGAAGAGAUUAUUAAGUAUGGAUAUUGAUGAAAUUCUUGAAAGAGCAGAGAAAGUUGAAGAUGAGGAAGCUGGAGGAGAGGAAGGGCAUGAAUUGUUGAGUGCUUUUAAGGUUGCCAAUUUCUGUAGUGCUGAAGAUGAUGGGAGUUUUUGGAGUCGUUGGAUAAAACCUGAAGCAGUAGCCCAAGCUGAAGAAGCAUUGGCCCCUCGUGCUGCUAGGAACAACAAGAGUUAUACUGAGGCUAAGCAAUCUGAGAGAAGUAGCAAAAGGAAAAAGAAAAAUUCUGAGCUUCUGGAACCACAGGAGCGAGUGCAGAAACGUCGCAAAGCAGAUCAUUCUGCCCCUUCAGUUCCUAUGAUUGAUGGAGCAUCUGCCCAAGUGAGAGAAUGGUCACAAGGGAAUCUGUCUAAGAGAGAUGCAUUGCGUUUUUCUCGUGCGGUUAUGAAAUUUGGGAAUGUGAACCAAAUAGACUUAAUAGUUGCUGAGUUUGGUGGGUCAGUGGCAGCAGCUCCACUUGAUGCACAGAUUGAGCUUUUUGAUGCUCUGAUAGAUGGUUGCAAAGAAGCAGUUGAUGGAGGAAAUCUAGAUCCAAAGGGUCCCUUGCUAGACUUUUUCGGUGUCCCUGUGAAGGCUAAUGAUCUGCUGAACCGUGUUCAACAACUUCAGCUCCUGGCAAAGCGAAUUAGUCGAUAUGAAAACCCCAUUGCACAAUUUCGGGUUCUAAUGUAUCUCAAACCUUCAAACUGGUCUAAGGGCUGUGGCUGGAAUCAGAUUGAUGAUGCAAGGUUUCUUUUGGGAAUACACUAUCAUGGAUUUGGCAAUUGGGAAAAGAUAAGGUUGGAUGAAAGGCUUGGCCUGUCAAAGAAGAUUGCUCCAGCGGAGCUACAACACCAUGAGACCUUCCUGCCACGUGCCCCAAAUUUGAGGGACCGUGCUAAUGCACUCCUGGAAAUGGAACUUGCUGUGGUUGGUGGGAAGAAUGCUAAUGUGAAGGUGGGUCGUAAGGCCUCCAAGAAGCAAAAGGAAAACAUUGUCAACAUCCCAGUAUCUCGCACCAGGAUCAAGAAAGGAAAACAUAGUUCUGCAUCUGUCAGUGCCAAUGCCAGCAAGAAUCGACCUCAGAAACCUCAGAGAGCUGAACAGUUGGUGAAAGAGGAGGGUGAAAUGUCAGACAAUGAGGAAUUACGUGAGCAGUUUAAGGAAGUGAAGUGGAUGGAAUGGUGUGAAGAUGUCAUGGUUGGUGAAAUUAAAACCCUUAGACGUCUUCAAAGGCUUCAGACUACCAGUGCUGAUCUUCCAAAGGAAAAGGUUCUUUCUAAGAUUCGGAAAUACCUACAGCUUAUUGGGCGGAGGAUAGACCAAAUUGUCAUAGAGUAUGAGGAAGAGCUUUAUCGGCAAGAUAGGAUGACUACGAGAUUAUGGAACUAUGUUUCUACCUUCUCAAAUUUAUCAGGGGAGAGACUUCAUCAGAUAUAUUCUAAACUUAGGCAAAAGCAGGAAGAGGAAGCGGGGGUUGGACCCUCCCAUGUGAAUGGCUCUGCAUCUGGUCCAGUAGACAGAGACGGUGAUGCCAAUUGUUUUCCUCUAACGCGCCAUGCUGAGAGGCAAAGAGGGUAUAAAAAUGUGAAUGCCUAUCAAGUGUCAGAAUCAAUUCAAAAGGGUCAUGAUAAUGGGAAAUUUGAAGCAUGGAAACGGCGAAGAAGAGCUGAAGCUGAUACUCAUCCUCAGUUUCAACCCCCCUUGCAGAGACCAAUGAGUAAUGGUGCCCGUUUAAUGGAUCCUAAUUCACUGGGUAUUCUUGGGGCUGCACCAUCUGAUAAUAGACCUUUACGGAUGCGCCAAACUUCUUUUCCACCAAGACAAAAUUACUCAUCAGGGAUAAAGUAGUAGCUUUUGAGGGGAGAAAGAGCAGCCGAUUGAAAGCUGAUUCCUAUGGCUUUCCCUUGGUCGCAUCACAGCAUCAGCCAUUGGCCAUAUUCAUUUUCGACAUCAAAAUAAGAACCUGCAUAUUCCUCUUUGUUCUUGCGUUGCUGAUCACAGGCUUUUGAUCAGAAGGGCAAUUUCAUCUGUGAAAAGGUGGCGGAGAAGGUGGCCAAACCCAAUUAACAGGAGCAAGAUGGAUGCUUCUUGCAACAAUUUUUUUGUCCAUUAGGAAAUGAGUGAGUAAUUUGUUUACGUAUAUAGUGAAAAAUUAGGAGAAGAAAUAUUAGCAGCUAAUUCAAUUUGAAGUAUACACACAUGAAGGGGACUGAUGACAUAUAUUGUGCAAUGUGAAACGUGUACAUCAGUUUUGCCCAGUUUUGAAUCCUUGUUUUCCCCUUCUGAUACUGAAAGGAGUUUCAAUAAUUUUUCAUUUUUCUUGGCCACAUCUAGUUCUUAGGAAAUAAUGUGUAAUGUAUAUUUGUUAUCUGACAACAGAAGGCUACCUUUUUUCUGUCGCUAUUCAUAAAUCAAGGAGCUUGUGUUGGGGAUAAAUUGUGUAGAAUGAAUAUAAGUUUUUAUAUUUGCUUCUUUAAAUUACAAUAGAAAUGCAAUAUUGAAUCC